CCGUGUCUCCCGGACCCUGGCCUGCUGCUGCGGGGAGCCAGGAGCUCCAGCGGUCACCGUAAACAUGGAGCUUUGGGAGACCGGCGGGUAACGAGAACUGCCACGGCGCCCAGCCCCGCAGUCGCCAGCUUUUCUGUUCCGCGUGUUUACGCAGCGAGAUGACUCAGAGAAUCGGGCUCCCGGUCUGGGGGCUCCCGGGUCCGCCGCUGUUUCUCUUGGGCGUGACCUGGCACGCCGUCGUCCGCUGCUCUUUGCUACCUGGCCUCGAAGGAAGUGCCUGCCUUUUGCAUCUUUCCAGUAACGUGUCGAACCGCCGGCUGGACUAUUGUGAGACGGAAGCUAAAUUAGCCUUGUCUCUCGACUUUUGGACUCUGUCCUCUGAAAACCUUAUAGCUGUGUUCCCAGUUGAUCCUGUUAAAGAAAAUUACGUUCGUAAAGUGAAAAACUGUAUUUUUUCAGUUGCCUUCCCUACUCCUUUCAAAUCAAGAGUACGUCUUGUAGCAGUUUCAAAGGAGGUUCUAGAAGAUAUUUUGGACCUUGACUUCCGUGUCUCAGAAACAGAUGAUUUUAUCCGGCUUGUGAGUGGUGAAAGGAUAGUAUUUGGAUCCAUUCCACUGGCUCACAGAUAUGGUGGGCAUCAGUUUGGGAUGUGGGCAGGUCAGCUUGGGGACGGAAGAGCUCACCUAAUUGGAAUUUACAUGAACAGGCAGGGUGAAAAGUGGGAGCUCCAAUUAAAGGGCUCAGGAAAGACUCCAUACUCCCGAAGUGGUGAUGGCAGAGCUGUACUUCGUUCCUCAGUGAGAGAAUUUUUAUGCAGCGAGGCUAUGCACUCUCUUGGAAUUCCAACUAGCAGGGCUGCAAGUCUGGUUGUGAGUGAUGAUGAAGUAUGGAGAGAUCAAUUCUACAAUGGAAACGUUGUGAAAGAAAGAGGUGCAAUAGUGCUGCGUGUUGCAAAAUCAUGGUUUAGAAUUGGAUCAUUAGAAAUUUUGGCUCAUUAUGGUGAACUGGAUUUACUAAGGACGUUACUAGACUUCAUCAUACAGGAGCAUUUCCCCUCAGUAAAGGCCACAGAACCUAACAGAUAUGUGGAGUUUUUCUCUAUGGUGGUAUCAAAGACGGCACAACUCAUUGCCUUGUGGAUGUCUGUUGGUUUUGCUCAUGGUGUUUGUAAUACUGAUAACUUCAGUUUGUUAUCCAUUACAAUCGACUACGGCCCAUUUGGUUUUAUGGAAGCCUAUAACCCAGAUUUUGUCCCAAACACAUCUGAUGAUGAAAGAAGAUAUAAAAUAGGAAAUCAGGCCAAUAUUGGGAUGUUUAAUUUAAACAAGUUGUUGCAAGCUUUAAAUCCAUUACUGGAUCCUAGGCAAAAGAAGCUAGCUGCUCAGAUUCUUGAGGGGUAUCCUGUUCUUUAUUACACAAGAUUUAGAGACUUGUUCAAAGCCAAACUGGGGUUACUUGGAGAAAGGAAGGGUGAUGACGAUUUAAUUGCAUUUCUCUUACAUCUCAUGGAAAAGACAGAAGCUGAUUUUACAAUGACAUUUCGGCAGCUCAGCGAGAUUACUCAAAGCCAGUUAGAGGAGCUCAACAUUCCCCAGCAAUUCUGGGCACUGAAGAUGAUCUCAGAGCACCAGCUUUUCCCCGCCUGGGUAUCCCAGUACCUUUUGAGACUGAAGAGUAACAUGAAUGAUUCAGAUUCUGAAAGAAGAAAAAGAAUGGCAACUGUUAAUCCUAGAUAUGUACUGAAGAACUGGAUGGCAGAGUCCGCAGUGAGAAAAGCAGAAAGGAAUGAUUUUUCAGAGGUCCGUCUUCUGCAGCAUGUUCUUCAGCAUCCUUUCCAGAAGCAUUCUGCCGCUGAGAAAGCAGGCUACGCCUCCCCCACUCCUUCUUGGGCUGAAGACCUCAGAGUUAGCUGCUCAUCUUAGUUUAGGCUUACCGGAGGAAGUACUUGCCAUCAGAAGGCAACUGUGGGCACUUCCACCAACAAGUACAGAUUGGCUGUUUCUUUCUGUGAUAUCAGCAGCCGCUGACAGUCAUCUCCUGGACCCACUGAUUCAAUAAGGUUGUAAAAUGAUCAUCUAAUCCUAUCAUUCGUUAGCUGGAAUCCUUCUAUAAAGGAAAAGCUUCUAUCAUUAAUUAUUUGAUUAUCCUGAGACACCGAAAGGCAAAGAAUUGGUUCCCAAGCAUGCUCCAAAGACAGUCAGUAGGCUUGUUGAUUGGUUUUAGUAUCAUGAACUCUUGAAUUUAAGCCCAUUUUGUUUUGGACUGUUGCAGUUAUUAUCCUAACUGGUGUACGAAUUGUCCCAUGUGUGGCCAGCGAGGUUUUAUUCACGACGGCUCCUCGUGUACACGUUCCUAGAAGGUUUUGAUAGCUUUGUUUUCUGAUGGGGUAAGAUGUUCCAGGUUCAUUGUGCAUAUUUCUUGCCUUAGCCCUGGAGCCAGUCAUUUUUCUAAGGAGACCUCAUUCAGGGAAAAUAUAUUCAGGGGAGUGGGAAUGAUAUUAGGGAAAUGAUAUUAGAGAUCACAGUUUAGAUGCUGAAUCCCUUGUGAAUAUUUGAAACUCCUUACAGAGCUUGUUAAAUGAUAGCCAAUAUCUGAGUUAAAACCUUCCUUAAAAUUAAAUGACAUGAGCCAAGAACAAAAAAACCCAAAUAACAAAAAGAUACAUUAUUAAAAU